AUGUCUUUGAUCAAAAGACUGGUAGAGGAGUUAGGUUCAUCUCCAAGUUCAAACAGGUCGGGAGCAGCACCUAGCUCGAACAACGAGAAGACUGAAGGAAAAAGACCGAGAAUAAAGAUCGAAGAAGAAUAUCUUGACCUUGAAGCUAAGAUUAUGACCACCUUAAGCAUAGUGGAGACAAUGAAGAAGCAGUUUUAUAUAUCAUCUGAAGGCAUUUUCAGGAAAGAUGAGGAUAAGGUGAAGAAGCUCUUCGAUGCUAUCGAGAAGAUACAAGCUGAUUUCGAAUCGAUAGAGAGGCCAAUUUUGGAAGUCGAGAGCCCGACAAAGCAGCAGACCCCUCGUCACGAGGGCGAUUCAGAUGAGUUCCCCAUCUCCAGAGAGGUAGCUGAGAUCAGUCCUGGAAGAGAUAGAGCAACAAAGAAAACACCCGACGAUGACGAAGAGAACCCGCAGAUGGAUGCCGAGCUCACAAAACUGGUGAAAGAGCUUGGAGAGACCGAUAGUGAAGACUCGCCGAAGGAGAUCGGAGAGUGGGAGUUUGAUGAGCUCGAGAAAGACUACCUUCCAAUGGCAGUAACAGCUGGUGAAACAGCGAAGACCAAGUUGCCAAUAGUACCCGGGCCGAUAGACAAAGAAGCAUAACUGCCGGCACACUGUUAUCCCCUCCUCCAUGGAUGAAGCUAUGAGCUUUUACACAGUCAUUAACAAGUCGUUCGGGGUCGGAUUCUUGAACUUAUCGAUCAAAGUAUCAUAUGUAGAUAAUGUUACAAAAUUACUAGUGUAAUGUACACCUCCUUGUAAGUACAUACGACACGUCAUUCGGAGUAAGCGAAGACGAUUAAUCAUUUACCGUAA